CAGUCCUCAAUUUAUUCCUUUUUUCCUUUUGUUUGCUUUCGUUGCCCUAUUUUCACAAAGCACAAGAAUGAGUGAGGAAGCGACCUCUGGAGAGGCGGCAGGAGCACUGUCAAUGUCGACGGAAGCAACAGCUCUGCCUGCUCCCGCUGCGACUCCGUCUGCGACACCAGCGGCCGCGCAGCCUCCCGCGACCAUGUUCUCGAUGGACCAGGUGCAGGCCAUGAUUGCGCAGGCGGUGGCUGCAAGGGAGGCAACCAUCCGCGCUGAAGUCGAGUCGAUGCUCGCCCAGCAGCUGCAGCAGCAGUACCAGCAGUUCGCCGCAGCCACCACCGCCGCAACCACCGCCGCUGCCACCGGCCUGUCGACUGCCGAUUCCUCUGCCGUCACCAGCUACACAGCAGCUGCAGCAGCACCAUCAAAGCCUGCCCAAGAUCACGCAGCGAGGACGAUGGAGACCGAAGGCGAGGGCAUCACGGACGACUCGAGCACAAGCUCAUCGACAGAGUCCAUUGCGGUCGCGCGGUACGCUGCGGCACAGCAGUCCACUGCCAACCUGGUCUCGGCGCUGCACCAAGUCAUUCGCACUGUGGACGGAUUUGUCUCGUCCUCGGCGUCCGCCAUCCACGCGGGCGGCGCUGAAACCAAGGGCUCGACAACAGACGAAGAAAUCGACGACGACGACGAUGAUGAUGAUGACGGCGACGACGACGACAAAGCUGGUGGUGGCGAGGACGUCCAAGUCCAAGCAGCAGCGUCAGCAAACUCAAACCGCAACGACCAAACAACUCGAGACACCUCAACAACACCCGCGGCUCUGUCAGCCUCCUCCUCCACCCUUCCGCAACCCACAGACCAACAGCACGCACCUGUUGCGGUAGAGUCGGCAGCGUCAGCGGCAGACACGCCAGACGCCGGUGAAGAAGCGACGCCGGCCUUGACGACCGCCCCUUCGCCAACCAAAGUGGUGACUCGCUCCAGGAAGUCGAGUGUGAGCGGGCCGACCGUACUGGCAAGCACGAUGACGGCGUCGACAGCGGCAGCACGGUCGCCAGCGAUUGUGGGCGACGGAUUGCCUGCGCGUCGGCGAAGCCACCAUCGAACAGCCUCCUUGUCCUCGCUUCCCAUCUUCUCACAGGGCCGAAACCACGGCGACGGGACGCGCGAGUACGCGUCGUCUGCAAUGAACUUGGGUGGUCCUCGGUCGCAAGCCGGGAGCCGCCGCAGCGUGCACGACGCCAUGUUUGGCGACAGUGCGUACCUUUCCCAGCGAGAAUCUCUGAGAGCCGUCCGAGACUCGAAUAUUCGCAUGUUGACGGAAAUUCUGGACGAGCUUGAUUCGCGUGCCAUUUUGCGUCAGCAGCAAGUGCUGAAUGUGCUCCUGCCGGAUUCGGAGCCAAAAACGGCCGCCCAAGCCUUUGGCCCAACCGGCAAGCCCAUCAUCCCUCGCCCCUUGUCCACGACUCACGUGGCGCAACACCGGGACGGCUCCAAGGAACCGUCGCCGUCAGGUUCUCCGCGCGGCUCGCAACAUCGCCUUUCCUCCCUUUCCUCGUCGUCGCUCGGCAAACUUCAUCAUCAUCAUCAGCGCCAAAGCAGCUUUUCUCGAUCCUCAGGGGGCGGGAAUGUCGAAUUCCGCCGCCUCAGCCUCGGUUUGACCAGUGACGACGAGCAGGCAACUGCUGUCGGCACGCACGGCUCGCUUUCACGAUCCAACUCAAACCGUGGCGUGGGCUCGACCAGCGGCUCGCUGUCCAAGUCCAACUCGGCCACCCGGCUAACUGCGGCCGUAUCUGCCAUCGCGUCUGUCGCAGCAACCACGGCGCCAGUCUCGGUGUCGGCGCGCCCACACGCACGGAUUCGUGACGUCCGCGAUGUCAGCUCCUCGGACGACUCGGACGAUGACACUGUUGGCACCCAACGAAAGCGAAUGCACUGGACAGACAUGCUGAACGAGGAUCCGCCAGAGUACAUGAUGAAAUCCAGGCAGGCCCAGCUGCAGCAGCAGCAAAAACCCCGUCGGGCGUCCGCUGCCUCCCGGCUUGCCAGCAAGGCCCAACAUUUGGCGCGCGCCAUGACUUCUGGCUCGCGUAAGCAGAAGAGCAAACCCGACCAGGCGGCAAAGGUUCCCAAAUCCUCCAUGAAGGCGCAACCUCAGGACGCUCCAUCAGCGGUGUCGUCGUCUUCUGCAGCUGCGUCCUCGAGCGCGGCUCGUCCAGCACUGUCCUCGUCUGUCACUGCAAUUCCGCUCACCACCCCUGCACUCGCGGCUAGUGCUGCUGCCGCUGCUGCUGCACAGCCUGCAACGACGACGACGACAACGACGACGCCCGUGGUAGUGCUGGGAUCGUCGCCACAAGCGGCACCCGUCUCCACUCCGUCCACCCCGACCCCAGCAGACCCGUCUGCACCCGACACCGUAAUCCCUGCUCAGUCACAACCGCCCCAGCAGCCUUCAUCCUCACCGGCAUUGCAUCUGGUCCCUGCCGCUCCUGCUACGACUUGGAACCUCGUCUCACCGCUGGCCAACCCCUACAGCGGCUCAAGCACUUCGUUGCAACCUCCGCUUGAGGAGUCUGAAGGCCUGCAACACCCCACCCCUGCCAUUGCACAUCUGCCAUCUGAUCCGGUGGCUGCGAGCACGCGGCUAGGGAUGGCCAUUGCUCGGGGCUCGUACGACGUGGACGACGAAUCGGAAACGGUUGCGCGACGACCGGGUCCUCAGGCUCGGCCUGCGCGGGUUUUGGACAACCACUAUGACAGCUUGAGCAGCGAUGGUGACGAUGAGAGCGAUUACGAUAACGACGAUGACGACCACCCCAGUGUCAGCAGCCACCUGCGGUCAUUCAGCGAUACGGAGGUCUCGCACAACUCGCGUCGGCGUCGCCGACUGUUCACGGUGGCCGAAAUGCUGGCAGAGCUCGAGCGCGAAGCUGUCUUGCGCGAGCGCAUCCAGGCAGCCCGCGACGAAGCCAUCGCCAACUCGGUCAGCCUUGGCCUGCCAUCCGCGUUCCGAUUCCGCGUCGACAAUGCGUUUUCCAAUGCCAUCCAGACCCUUCGUCGUCGGCUGUCGGCUCACGAUGCCCACGCGGUAGCAUUGCCUCCAUCCGUCGACGAACAGGUUAGCACUGAGAACAUUGCCAUGGCUGCGCAAUCGUCGGCCGCGGCGGCACCCUCGUCAUCCUCGCGGGAUCCCAGCACGUCCACUUUGCCCUCAUCGUCUUCUACUUCUGGUGCCGAUGUGACGCUUUUGGCGGAAACUACUCCCCCGACAGAAGCCGCCGCCGCUGCCACUGCUGCUGCUGCUGCUGCUGCUGCUGCUGCUGCUGCUGCUGCUGCUGCUGCAGAUGAACCCUCGACAGUCCAGGAGAUUAACGCUGCCCUGCGGCGAAUUUUGUCGGAAUCAGACGUUUCCCAAUAUCGAGACAAUGACUUGCGCAAUAUUGCCAGCAUGUUGGAAGAGCUGCGUGUCGCCGAGCUCGAAGCCAGGCAACAUGCACUGCUCUACCCGCCGAUUCAAGGCAAGCGUGUCGCUACUCCGAUGGGCGUCGCCACGCCCGUGGACAAGAAGGCCCUGGACCGCAGGCGGCAGGAGCAGCGUAAGCAGUUUGAGCGCGAACUGGCGAUGCGGCAACGGCAAGAGCGAGCGGAGGCCAAAGCGCGAAAGCGUGCUCUGCGUGAAAACGACUCGGCUUCCGGCUCGGCCCACGCCUCUGGAAGUGCAACACCGGCGGAAGGAGAUGUGUCUGGCGUGUCCAAGCAAAACAUCGUGACUCGUCUCAAGAAGACGCUGCGACGAACGAGCGAGUCGGAGGCUGCGGGCGGCGACGAAGCUGCUGCACGGGAAUCCGAAGUCGCCAACAAGAGUACGAGUGCGCUUGCAGCUCCUGCAGCUGUUGCAGGUGAUACUACCGCCCCAAGCACACGACCCGACACUUCCGGUUCGGUCACCCCCAUGUCUGCAAGCUCGGUACGCUCUUCGGGAACCGCCACUCCCAUCAGCCAGUCGCAACAAGCGGCAGCAGAGAAAGUUGCCGCCGACAAGGUUACCACAGAGAGCGCUCCUGUUGUCACCGACGGCGACGCUCCGCUGCGCACUGCGUCGUCUGUCGACUCGGUUGCAAGCUCUGAACGCGACGACGACGUCCCGACCAACUUGGUCUCCUCCAAGCCGGUCACCACUGCAAGGGCGCCCCGACGCUCGAGCACGUGCAACAUGACGUUUGAGGAAAUGCUCACUGAUAUGCAUCCCGAGGACGAGGCCCUGACUGCCAGCAACCAGGACCUGUACCGUUCCUACCGCCAGCACCUGUACGAGCAUGUGAUGGCAAACUCUACGAAUCGCCUUGAUUCUCGGUUGGGCCCGGAGGCAGCGGCCUUUGCGCGUCGUGAAAAGGAUCUCCGCGAUCUCGAAGAAGCCGAGCAGAAUGAAACCCAAAAGCCGAGCUUGGUGGGGCGUCUGUUGAAAAAGUCCAACAGCAAGGGCUCGGUCGUUGCUCAUCAAGUCGAUCCGCCCAAGGAACCCGCAAAGUUGAAAAAGUCCGGCAGCAAGGGCUCUGUUGUCAACUAUCAUGUUGCUCCCGCGACCGGAGCCCGCGGCGGCUCGCGCGUGGCUCAGCCGGACGAGAUGGAUCCCGAACUGACUGCCAUCACGACUGCCAUGGCUCAAGUCGACCGCAGUGCCCAGGGGAUCAUGAUUGAUCAACUGGGCGACGACCAGCUCAUUUCUCUUGCCGAGAUGAUUGCGGAACUAGACGCGCGGGCUGCGCUUGCCGAAGGAAUUGCACGCGAACGCGAAAAGCAGCGCCGUCGGUCUGUUCAAGGCAUCUACUCUGCCAUUCGUGGCAAGUUUGUGCGAAAGGAAGGCAAGGUGCCCACCAUUGCACUGGCUGCCCAGCGGUACGAGGCCGAGCAACACCGCAAAAAGUCCCUGGAAGCAACGAACGCCAUACAGCUCGACAGUCCUCCUUCUUCAACCGCCGAGCCCUCCAGUCAUGAGCCUGUGGUCUCCAUCUCGGCCAGCAACGUGGUCGGCGCCAACGCGGCCUCUGGUUCGUCACUCCAGAGCACAUCUACACCCAUUGUAGCCGUCACAGUGACGCCCACAUCUCCAGUUGCUGCUGCUGCCGCUUCUGCUCCUGUUGCUGCUGCUUCCGCUCCUGCUCCUGUUGCUGCUGCUUCCGCUCCUGCUCCUGCCCAGGCCGCAGCCAGUGAUAGCGACAGCGACGUCGACGACGGCAUUCGAGAUCAAGACUUGCGCAACCUGGCCGCCACGCUCCGAGAGCUCGAUGCCAAGUACGAGCGCAUUCAGCAGGAUAAGGAACGAAGGCGCCUAAUGCGAGAGCAGGAGGAGCUGCUUCUGCAACACCAGCAGCAAAGCAAGUUGUCGCAUCGUCUGGCGUCGAAAGGCAAAAAGCUCGUGUCGGUUUUCAAAAUCUCCACGGCCAACACGAGCGGAGACCUCAACAGCCAGAACUUGCUGAAGCCGUCAGACCCCUCUCUUCCCGACGCUCCGACUCCUCCAGUCUCUCCUCGACACAACCUUGUCGGCCAGCGCAAAAAGUCGCAAUCCCCACCCCACAGCCCUCCACCAACCAGCUACGUUCCGCCCGCAACCAGCAGUUUUCCGCUGCUCUCCCCUGUGCGAGAAGCCCCGCUUUCGCCUCGUGGCGACGAGUCCGUGUCGCCAACCUCCCCGACCUCCCCAGGAUUUCCCGCAUCAGAAGCCCGGCCUCCGUCUCAGAACGGCCUUUCCGCGCCGCCCGUGCGACGCUUGACUCUGGUUGCCGAGGAAGGAGCUGGGCGCAGUUUGGAUGUUUGAGGGGUACCAACAAAAGGCGUUCUCUUUCCCUGUACAAAAAAAAGCUCGAGUUUUCAUGAUUUUGUUUUCUUCCUUUUUUUUUCUUUUCGUGCUU